AUGCAUUGUGAGGGCGCCAACGGGACACAUCAACGUGUUCUGGUUCUGGAGGGAAGAGCGCCGCUGCGGAAAUUCCCCAGACGCGUCAUAGCAUCGCACGGGGCGACGCGAGGGUCCCGCAAUCACGGAUCCAAACACAGCAGCGGCGUGGGGCCCGAACACCGACCCGAAUUAAAACCACGCGAAUCCAUCCUCAGCGCAUCGCAGAGCCGGAAGCACCCGAGCCCGGGAGACCCGCGCGGGGGAAAUCGUCGAUCACGUGGGCCGAGGCCAAGAGCGACGCGUAGACGCCGUCUGCCGAGGGCGGGAUCGCGGCGUAGGUCGCGGAGCUCGCGCCGGACGCGACUGUGCGAUAGUGCCGCCUCUGCGCAUCCGCGCAAAGACCGUACGGGUAGCCCUCCCUCUCGACGCACCGCACGCCGCUGGGCGAGGCGCCCAGCUCGUGGUGGCGGGAGAGCACGGGGAGAUCGUGGUUUGGGCGGGCGAUGGGCGGGUCGUCUGGAGGAGGGUGUCUGCGGUUUUGGGUGUGGCCUUGCGUGGCCGACGUAG